CCUCCCCUGAGCGCUGGCCCCGCCCCGUGCCUGCCGCGGCCGCGCCUGCGCGCUGGGGGUGAUGGCGGCGGGCGCUCUCCGCGGUGUCCUCUGGCCCCGGGCGGCCGCCGGGCUCCGGGCGGCCCGGGCCGCCCUGGCGGCGCCGUCGGGGGCGCGGGCGGCCUCGGAGAUGUCCAAGGACAUGAUGCCUGGGCCGUACCCGCGGACGCCGGAGGAGCGGGCGGCCGCUGCCAAGAAGUACAACAUGCGUGUGGAGGACUACCAGCCGUACCCCGACAACGGCCUGGGGUUUGGUGACUAUCCCAUGCUCCCGGAUAAGUCUCAGUACGAGAGAGACCCCUGGUACCAGUGGGACCAGCCAGACAUGAGGCACAACUGGGGGGAGCCGAUGCACUGGGAUUUUGACAUGUACAUUCGGAACCGGGUUGAUACAUCCCCCACUGUUGUUCCCUGGCACACCAUGAGCAAACACUUCCUUCUGUUUUUGAGCAUAAUGCUGAUCAUGUUUGGUGUUGGAGAGAUCUACCCAUCCUACAGGCCUGUGGGACCGAAGCAAUAUCCCUUCAAUGACCUGUAUCUGGAGAAAGGAGGAGACCCCAAUAAAAAGCCACCAGAGGUGAUACACUAUGAAAUUUGAAAGUUGUUCAAGUGCUACAUUUCCAUCAGUUCUCCUGGGGAAGAAAUCUUGUCUGGUGUUCACUGGCAUAUGUUAACACUUGUUCUUACAACGUUCAGCUGCUAACUGCAGUGAAAUAUAUCAAUGACACCUAC